CACGCACACAUAUAUAUAUAUAUUUACAGAUACGUAUACCGUAGAUAAUUCUCGUUACUUCUCAUCUCCGCUGCUGAUUGUGAAUGCAAAUCAUUUGAAAACUAUAAUUUUCUCUUAUUAUUUCCUCUAUUCCUUAUUACUUAUUUGAAAGAAAGAAAAAUAAUAAUAAUAAAAGCCUCGACUGGAAUUCAUUUAUCAAAAAGAUAAAAUUUAAAAAAAUUUGAAAUCAUGAAAUACAAACAAAUGUUAUCAAAGCAUAUGAUUAUUCAGGAAGAUUCAAUGCGGCAGCAACAGCAACAGCAACAACGAGCACAAAUCGAUUGGAUCUCGAUAGAUCAUAACAGUAAUAAUAACAAUAAUAAUAAUAGUAAUAAAACAAUUGACAAUACUUAUUCCUUUCAUGAUCCUUCGACUGCAUCAUAUCCAAGUCAGAUGGAAUGCAGAACAACAGCAGCAACAACAACUAAUGUGAUGAGUGUAUUGAAUCCAGUCGGAAGCCAAAUGCCAUAUUUACAAUCGAAUCUGCCAACUCCAACAUCGUCUAAUUUGCCUUCUGAUCGAACAGUGUUCACAAUAGAGAAUGGAUUGAAAGAUGGAAAUCAAACAGUACACUAUCAGCAGCAGCAUCAAAUGACUACUCCUAGCGUUGGUGCUCUAUCACAACAAACAGAUUCAUCACAAAUUUGGGAAUCUUCAAACUCGACUAGUUGUACUCUCCCGACAACAGUAACAGCAGCGUCAAAUCAAAUCAAGUCAACGCAUGUAUGGAAUCCACCAAAAGCGAAGAAGAGAGAACCAUAUAUUCCAAGUUAUAUGGAUCCAUUAUCUGGCCCUGAACCGUGUGUUGUCUGUGGAGACAAUGCCACUGGUUUUCAUUAUCGUGCUAUGACAUGUGAAGGUUGUAAAGGCUUUUUUCGACGUUCUGUUCAAAAAAAGCUAGUAUAUACCUGUAAAUUUCAAGGUCGUUGUCCAGUAGCCGACAAACAGAAUCGUAAUAGCUGUCAAAAAUGCCGUUUCGACCGAUGCAUCAAAGGUGGUAUGGCUAAAGAUCUUGUCCUCGACGAAGAUAAACGUCUAGCUAAACGUCGCCUGAUUGAAGCGAAUCGAGCACGUAAACGAGCUGAAGCAGCUGCAGCAGCAGCGGCAGCAGCUGAGGCCGUCGGCAUCUCCACCUCUGCCAUAGACUCCACAGGUAUUCCUCAGGCAACAACACACAAUAUCCUUAAUCCUAUAAAUCCCAAUAUCUCUUCAAACUAUCAAGUGAUAUACAAUCCGCCAAUAUCUAUAUCAAACACCCUGCCGACAUCCGCUCUUAAAUCACGCAUUCCACAUCCGCCUGCAUUCCAUUCGAAUGUGAUAUUCACACAGCAUCAGUAUACAAUGAAUCCAACACCGGUUGUUGGUCGUCAGCAGUACCAGUCAACUCCGAAUCAAUUAAGCUCUAUUAUAGAGGUAGAUAAUACCCGUAGUCUUUCAGCUAUAGCACCCUCAUCUGUUAUCAAUGAUCAAACAAUACCAGUGAUAAAACCAACCAGCACAACACUAAUGAUGACGAAUACACCACAGGCAGUAAAUACUCCGCCAUAUUGGCCGCCAGUAUACACCAACACCAACACCACCACCACCGAUAACAACAACAACAACGGCACAACAGCAACAACAACACCAUGUUUCACUAAUCUUGUGAAUAAAAAUCCCCAUCCUCCUCCUCCUCACCAGCAUCAUCAUCAACAGCAUUCUACACUUCAACAAUCGAUCCAUGAAUCAGUGAAUAGUGUUCAGUUGCAGAGAAGUACAGAGGGUAGUACAACAUUACAAGCUUUCAAUCAAUAUCAUUACUUGAAUUUACCUAAUGAAAGUCAAAGAAGUCAACAACAACAACAACAAUCUGAUACAAUGAGUGUAGAAGGCCUGCCCAAACUUACAGAUAUUCAUCAGAUAUAUAACAAGAGCCAUAAUAAUAAUAAUAAUGGUGCUGACAAUACCAGUGUAUAUUGUGAACGUCAGAUAUAUUCGCCUAUAACACCAGAUAAAUGUCCACCGCUUGGCUGUGGUAAAACAACGACGACAAAAGCAACAACUACACUAAUUCAAAGUGAUAACACUGCAAUGCCACUUCAAUCUUUCAAACAAAAUGGUUGUUAUGGGAGCAAUAGCAGCGCUAAUAGUGGUGUUAGUAGUAGCAGUGCUAGUAGUACUGGAAUAGAUUCAAGUGAAACAGGAUACAAUGAUUGUCCAUGGACAAUUGAAGAUCAAAAUAUGGUUGAUUCUAUUGUUCAAGCGUAUAGUAAUAUGUUGAAUCCAAAUUUUAAACAAAAGGAUGACAAUGUAGAUGUUGACAAAGAUCCAGAGAAAGCAUUCUAUGCUUCAAGCGAUUCAAAGAUCACAUCACUUAUUGAACCAAUGAUUGCUUCACUUGUUGCAUUCGCUAGAUUAGUUCCUGGUUUUGAACUGCUGGAUGCCAACGACCAGACACGUCUACUUCGCGGUUGUUGUCUAGACAUCAUCACUCUACGUGCUGCCUAUCUACUGAGUCGUAUAGCUAUUCAACUUGGAAUUAUUGAUUCAAAUGGACAUCAUAAUAAGCCCCAAUCGAUGAUGAUGAUGAUGAACACAUUGUCAGGAGCAGUAGUCGAGUCAAGUGAUCCACUGCACCAUCAGCAGCAGCAGCAGCAACACGGUGUCACAUCGAUUAUUCCAAAUAAUAUCUAUCCACAACUUGGUACUUCUGAUGCUAAAUGUGCUCAAAUGAUUCGUGGUGUUGCACUGAAAUUAGCUCGUCUAGAAAUUGAUCAAACUGAAGUCGCUUUAAUGACAGCUAUUUUAUUAAUGUCACCGGAUCGUUUUGGUUUAACCGACUGUGAAACAGUUGAGCAUACACAAGAUAUCUUACUGGAGACAUUUAAUCGUUAUGCUAAUCGUAUACGAAAGUUACGCUCUUUACGACUUCAAUCAAAUCGUCUAACGUUGAAUUCACAACCACAACCACAACAGCAGCAGCAACAACAGCAGCAUCAGCAACAACAACAACAAUUACAACAUCAACAAUAUUGGCCAAGAAUUUUAAUGGCACUAACAGAAUUACGUUCAAUUACAUUGUGCAAUCAAGGCCUGUUUGUAGAGAAAGCAUUCGACACAAGUAUUGAACAAUUGCCAUGGUAUUUUCGUGAAUUGUUCACUGGAGAUUUUAUACUACAAGAGACUAAUAGAUUGCCUUCAAAGAUUAACAGUAAUAAUAAUAAUAAUAGUAAUAAUAUGACAUAAAUGGAAGCGCCCAAUACCUUAUACACAUAUAUCCAUAUAUAUGUGUUCGUUUUACUGAUAGUCUACCUCAGAAAUAACAUCCAUUGUGUGUGUGUGGAGAUCAAAGGGAGGCUUUUUGAAGUAUCAGGACUGUCUGUGAAUUGUUUUCUUCCCCUAUAUCUCUCUUUUCUUUGCUAUUCUCUCUUAUCCCUUGUCUUGAACGCUGAUUGGAUGACCAUAAAAUGAUGAAAGCAAUGAAAACAAGCUGUUGUGAUCUGGCUUGUUUCUAUAACAAAGGAUCCAUCUAUCGGUAGAAUGACAUAUAUAUUUUCUUAAAGUAAUUUCUUCUUGGAAGUCUAGUGGUGGUGAUGUUUCAUUCUGUGUUCAAGACCAUCACCACCACCGCCACGGCGACGACGAGUACUCACUCGUAUCUAUUAGGAAGGUAGAAGAGAAGAAAUCUCCUUUAACUCUUUUGUAGAUUAGGUAGAUAGAUAUCUUAAUAUUUUUAUGUGUGUGUGUGCUGUCUCCGUCUUUUUUUCCUCUUCUGGUUAUAUACUACUGAUACUAUUACGAUUAGUAGUAUCGUAGCAGUCGUACUACGAUUACUACCUAAUAGGAUAUUAUUUAAUAAUAGAAUUUAUCCAGGAAAUAUCCUUGGACAGUUAUGUGUGUUUCCGUCAGUUUAUUUUAUUUUAUUUAUUAUUUAUUUUUCUUUACUUCAAGUAGACCCUUACUACUAAUACUACACCUAACUUUGUGUGUUCAUUUCCCUGAUCACUGCUUUCAUUUGAGUAGACGAUCCGUUCUACCACGAUAACUAGUAAUACUACUAAUAAUAAUGAUAAUAAUAAUAAUAAAACGUAAUAUUGUUUCUUUUUUAUAAUAAAUUUAUUUUCGUUUGUUUUGUUUCUUGUCGUCUCCAUGAAAAGAAUCAGCUUAGCUCUUCACCCGCCCCGCCCCACCCCUCUGUUCUCAAGUAAACACUUUAGGAUUUUAUCAAUCGUUUGCGCUCGAGUUCUUCUUCUCUGUGUGUAUUGUAUGUCCGUGUUAUUUUUACCCGGGGGUUUUCUGCCUUCACUGAUCUUAAGUGCGAUAUGUGGUGCGUGUGUGUGUGUGUGGGAGUAUCCUCUCCUUCUGUGUACAUAACACUAUCUAUACGCUUGUACUCUUCUCCUCCUUCUUGGAAGUAUGUAAGGCAUCUUUGAUGGUAUUUGUCUGUACAACCCCCCUGCUAAACCUCAUCGCUCCCCACCCUACCCCACCCCACGCACACCACC